GCGCGAUAGGGGCGAGAAACGCGCGAUAAACUGAGAAAAGUGCUUUAUGCGAGCCGUUUCCGGUCGUUUUUUUUUUGAUAAAGGCCGAAGUCAUGACUGUCUGUUGAAUGAGAGGCUAAAUUAAAUCACGGCACGUAGACUGUCCCUUUCUCACCGGAGCGCAGCUGUUCGACGCGACGCUGCGCGAUGUCUCUGCUAUGCGUCGGGGUGAAAAAAGCACAGUAUGAUGGACCUCAGGAAAAAUUCAACACGUAUGUGACUCUGAAGGUUCAAAAUGUUAAGAGUACGACAAUCGCUGUGCGGGGCGAUCAGCCCAGCUGGGAGCAAGACUUCAUGUUUGAGAUAAAUCGUUUAGAUCUAGGUCUUUCAGUUGAGGUGUGGAAUAAAGGCCUUAUAUGGGACACAAUGGUCGGCACAGUGUGGAUUCCACUGCGGAGUAUCCGCCAAUCCAAUGAGGAAGGACCGGGCGAAUGGUUGACUCUAGAUUCACAAGCUAUAGUGGCAGAUAAUGAAAUCUGUGGCACUAAAGAUCCAACAUUACAUCGUGUUCUUCUAGACAGUCGCUUUGAACUGCCGCUCGAUAUUCCAGAAGAAGAGGCUCGGUAUUGGGCAAAGAAACUGGAGCAGCUCAAUGCUAUGAGAGACCAAGAUUAUUCAUAUCAGGAGGUUCAGGACAGACCGUUGUCAGUACCGGUAACACAAUGUUGUAACUGGUGGGGGGACCAGCAAAACAAUGAUCCAGACAGCGCGAUGGACGACAGGGACAGUGAUUACCGCAGUGAGACCAGUAACAGCAUCCCACCACCCUUUUACACCACAUCGCAGCCCAACGCCUCUGUCCACCAGUAUCCUAUGAGUCACCAGCACCGUAAUCCCUGUGCUCCCUACUCACGCUCCAUCAACAGCUGUGACCUCGACUAUGAUCACCCGAGAGGCAUCAGUCCAACUGGAAGCUAUGUGUCCUCAGCUGAGCUCAGCCGCUGUAGCUCUCAACUAAGUGAAGAGUACGGUGAACGAGAACUGUACGACGAGAACGACUCCUAUCACUCCUGCCACUCAUCUGUGUCUCACAGCAAGGGCUCGCCCGACUGGGACGAGACUCAAUGCGCUUACAGCGACGAAUGUGCCUACAGCAAAGACGGCGGUGAGGAAGAAGCCCUGUAUGAGGAGGAGGAUGGAGACCUGUAUGGAGAGGAGGUGGACAUGUGUGAGGGAGAGGAAGACUUCAAUUACGAGGAUGAAGAUCUGUACCCAUUGAACCAGACCCUCAACGAAGACCAAGAGCCUCCGUUCGCCCCAACCCCGAUGGAUGCGGCCUCCACUCUGAUCGCGUCAUCCUCCAGACCCCCUCUGGAGAAACAGACCUCGCUGCACCAACAUCGGCAGACGCAGCCACAGUCUCAACCGGCCAAUCAGACGCAAGUCCAGCCCCCAUCCCAACCGUCCAAUCUGAAUCAAACCCAACCUCCAAUCAAACCCCAGAAUCAUCAAGUUCCUCAGCCAGCCAGACAACAGGUUUCGCCCCAGCAGCCGUCCUUAGGCUCGAUCCCUUCUGUACAGUCCUUUUUCGCCAUGGCAAAACCGCUAACUGCAGUGUUUGGUUUGGGUGGAUCUUCUCCUCCUCAACCUCCUGCACCGACAUCACAACCUCACCCCCCAACAGUACCGUCACAAACCCUGACGGCUCAGCCUCCUGCUCCUGUUACCCAACAGAUGACCUCCUCCACCUCGAUAAAACCCCCUGAACCGCUCACCUCUGCCCCCACGGUUGACUCCAAACCUUUUGCACCAGAACCAAAAUCUCCCACCCCCACAGAGGAGAAAUUGCCCACAGCGGAGCCUUCAAUGGAAGAGGAACCUUUGCUCCGAGAAGAGGACUUCCCCAUGGAUGAGCCAAUCAUAGAGGACGUAAAGAUGGAGAGUCCUCCUUCUUCUCCACUGCUAGAAGAGGAAGAAUCUUGGCCAGAACCUGAGAGGUAUCGCCGUUAUAGAGAAAAAAAAAAUCCAUCCAUCUUUGAUUUGACAUUUAAAGCAUGUGUAUGUGUGAGCAGUGAAGCGGUAAUGGAGGAGCCGAAAGAGCCUGUGGACCCGGCCAUCAGAGCUAAAGAGAACUGGCUGAGGCUCUUCGAAAAAGUCCGACAGCAGCUCCACGAGGCACGGGGAGACUCUCAGUCUUUGUGGUUUGGUAAAGGAGGGAUGGGAGGAGCACUGUACAGUAUAGACAGCAUGCCUGACCUUCGUAAGAGAAAGACUAUUCCUCUGGUCAGAGAUCUGGCUAUGUCUCUAGUUCAGAACUCUCGUAAGGCAGGUAUCACAUCUGCUAUGGCCUCCAGUACACUCAAUAAUGAAGAACUGAAGAGCCACGUGUAUAAGAAAACGCUUCAGGCUCUGAUCUAUCCUAUCUCCUGUACAACACCACACAACUUCGAGGUCUGGACGGCCACCACACCCACCUAUUGUUACGAGUGCGAGGGGCUUCUGUGGGGCAUCGCUCGACAGGGCAUGCGCUGCUCUGAAUGUGGGGUCAAAUGUCACGACAAGUGCCAGGACCUACUCAAUGCCGACUGCCUGCAGAGAGCCGCAGAGAAGAGCUCUAAACACGGAGCGGAGGACCGCACGCAGAACAUCAUCAUGGUUCUGAAGGACCGCAUGAAGAUCCGUGAACGCAACAAACCGGAGAUCUUCGAACUGAUCCAAGAAGUCUUUGACGUUGCAAAGGCGACCCACGGAACCCAGAUGAAACAGAUGAAACAGAGUGUUCUGGACGGGACGUCGAAAUGGUCGGCCAAGAUUAGCAUCACGGUGGUGUGUGCUCAGGGUCUGCAGGCGAAGGAUAAGACGGGUUCAAGUGACCCAUACGUCACCGUACAAGUGGGCAAAACCAAGAAGAGAACCAAGACCAUCUACGGCAAUCUCAACCCCAUCUGGGACGAGAGCUUUCACUUCGAGUGUCACAACUCCUCCGACCGAAUCAAAGUGCGCGUUUGGGACGAAGACGAUGACAUCAAGUCUCGCGUGAAGCAGAAAUUUAAACGGGAGUCUGAUGAUUUUCUGGGACAGACCAUCAUUGAAGUGAGAACGCUCAGUGGUGAAAUGGACGUCUGGUAUAAUUUGGACAAGCGCACUGAUAAGUCAGCAGUGUCCGGAGCUAUCCGUAUGCACAUCAGCAUUGAGAUUAAAGGAGAGGAAACUGUCUCGCCUUAUCACGUUCAGUACACCUGUCUGCAUGAGCACAUCUUCCACUACACCACAGAGAAACAGAACAGUGGUGUCGUGAAGAUUCCGGACACCAAAGGAGAUGAUGCCUGGAAAGUGUACUAUGAAGAAACAGCACAGGAAAUCGUGGAUGAGUUCGCCAUGAGAUACGGAGUGGAAUCUAUCUACCAGGCCAUGACGCAUUUUGCGUGUCUGUCAUCAAAGUACAUGUGUCCUGGUGUCCCUGCGGUCAUGAGCACACUUCUGGCAAACAUCAACGCUUACUAUGCUCACACAACACAGUCUUCCAAUAACGUCUCAGCAUCAGACCGCUUCGCCGCAUCAAACUUUGGGAAAGAGAGAUUUGUGAAACUGUUGGACCAGCUGCAUAACUCUCUGAGGAUUGAUCUCUCGAUGUACAGGAAUAAUUUUCCCGCCAGCAGUCCAGAGAGGUUACAAGAUCUGAAGUCCACCGUAGAUCUUCUGACCAGCAUCACUUUCUUCAGGAUGAAGGUUCAGGAACUUCAGAGUCCACCCAGAGCAAGUCAAGUUGUUAAAGAUUGCGUCAAAGCUUGUCUCAACUCAACUUAUGAAUAUAUAUUUAAUAACUGCCAUGAACUGUACGGCCGAGAGUAUCAGAAUGACCCUUCUAAGACGGUUCCUCCUGAAGAACAGGGUCCAAGUAUCAAGAAUCUGGACUUCUGGUCUAAACUCAUCACGCUCAUUGUGUCGAUUAUAGAAGAGGAUAAGAACUCAUACACACCCUGUCUCAACCAGUUCCCUCAGGAGCUAAAUGUUGGGAAGAUCAGUGCGGAUGUGAUGUGGAACAUGUUUGCUCAGGAUAUGAAGUACGCUAUGGAAGAGCAUGAGAAACACAGACUGUGUAAGAGCGCUGACUACAUGAACCUGCACUUCAAGGUCAAGUGGCUUUACAAUGAAUACUGCAAAGAGCUGCUGCACUUCAAAGAUCGCGUACCUGAGUACCCCGCAUGGUUCGAGCCGUUUGUGAUCCUCUGGUUGGAUGAGAAUGAAGAAGUAUCCAGAGAUUUUCUGCACGGAGCUCUGGUCAGAGACACCAAGGACGGGUUUCAGCAGACAUCUGAGCAUGCGCUUUUCUCUUGCUCGGUUGUGGAUGUCUUCUCUCAGCUCAACCAGAGCUUUGAGAUCAUCAGGAAGUUGGAGUGUCCUGAUCCUCAUAUUGUUGGCAACUACAUGAAGAGAUUUGCCAAGACCAUAGGGAAUGUUCUUCUGUCUUAUGCUGACAUCAUUGCUAAGGAUUUCCCCAAUCACUGUCAGAAGGAGAAAGUGCCUUGUAUCAUCAUUAAUAAUAUCCAGCAGCUGAGGGUUCAGCUGGAGAAGAUGUUUGAGGCCAUGGGAGGAAAAAAUUUGAAUGUUGAGGCCAGUGACUUUAUGAAAGAUCUGCAGGUCAAACUUAACAACGUUAUGGAUGAUCUGAGCCGGAUCUUUGCCGUCAGCUUUCAGCCGCACAUCGAGGAGAGUGUGAGACAGAUGGGAGACAUUCUGAGUCAGGUAAAAGGAGCAAAUUUACCUGCCAACGGAAAUGGCAGCCUGGCGCAGGACGCAGAUUACGUCCUCCAGCCCAUCAUGGACUUUCUGGACAGCAAUUUAACUCUGUUCGCUAAGAUCUGUGAGAAGACUGUUCUAAAGCGGGUUCUGAAGGAGCUGUGGAAGCUGGUCAUGAACACAAUGGAGAAAACCAUUGUCUUACCGCCACUGACCGACCAAACGGGAACACAGCUCAUCUUUAACGCUGCAAAGGAGUUGGGUCAGCUCUCUAAACUGAAGGAGCACAUGGUGCGAGAGGAGGCAAAGGCUCUGACCCCUAAACAGUGUGCUGUUAUUGAGCUUGCGCUGGACACUAUAAAGCAAUACUUUCAUGCUGGUGGUGUGGGCUUGAAAAAGACGUUUUUGGAGAAGAGUCCAGACCUGCAGUCUCUGCGUUACGCUCUCUCUCUCUACACACAAGCCACUGACAAACUUAUCAGGAAAUUUGUUCUAUCCCAGCACACUCAGGUUCAUGGAGGUAAAGGUGUGCGUUACACCAACAGUGAAGAUGUUUAUCCAGAGAAAGCAUCAGGUGUGGAUGAUGCAGUGGGUGAAGUUUGUAUGACCGUAGAAAUCUUCAGCGACCCGAACACAAGUGGACACAAGAUCACUGUUAAAGUGGUGGCAGUCAAUGAUCUUCGCUGGCAGACCCAGGGUAUUUUCCGGCCCUUCGUGGAGGUGUACAUCAUCGGCCCUCACCUCAGUGACAAGAAGAGAAAGUUUGCCACCAAAUCCAAGAACAACAGCUGGUCGCCCAAAUUCAAUGAAUCCUUUCAAUUUGUUCUGGGCAGUGAGUUGGGUCCCGAGGGUUACGAGCUGCAGGUCUGUGUGAAGGAUUACUGUUUUGCUCGUGAGGACAGGACCGUUGGCAUGUCCGUCCUACAGCUGAAGGACCUGGCAUCACGGAGCAGCGCGGCGUGUUGGCUCCCGCUCGGCAAACGCGUUCACAUGGAUGAGACGGGUCUCACCGUUCUCCGGAUCCUUUCCCAGCGCAACAACGACGAGGUGGCCAAAGAGUUCGGCAAAAUCAAAUCUGACCAGCGCUCGGCAGAAGAGGGCAGGGGAAGUUAAAGACGUGAGCUUCAGUGAGAGUCCAGACACAUGCAGCCGAGUCGAGAAACUGCACGAAAACACACGGCCAUAUAAACAGAGAUAUACUUCUGCAAAGACUUAAGCAACGCGGUUUGAUUUAAGCAAAUAAUGAUGUCGAACUAAACCAAACAUAGAGAUGUCAUGACAUUAAAAUGCACCCCUUGACUUUUUGAAUACUUUUGAGAAUGUUGAAGCCAAAUAGUUUAGUCAUUCUUGAAGUCAACUGUUGUAUACUAUACUCAUAGAUACUCAUAGAUAUACAUACAUAGAUGCCUCAUUGAUGUUGAGAGAAGUCUGUCCAAUGUGGCAUCUACAUGUACAUAUCUGUGGUUAAUACACAGCUAAAUACGAAGCUGUGGUUAAUUAAAAAAGCUAAUACAGCUUUUUAAAAUCCAAGCAAUAGUUAAUAGUUAACAUGCAUGAUAUACAUUCCAUUUGUACAUUUUAUCCGAUUCACCGUAUACAUUUUGAUCAGUGAAGCUGUGAUCUUUGCGCUGCAAACCGACGCUCUGCACAUUGAGCUUCAGGCAAUAAUAACGAAACACAAUCUAUUCUCUUGAGUGCUUGUGUUUCAGCAGAGAGUAAAUCCCCCACAAUGCACUCAGAAAAUGUCAAUAUUGACAUCUAGACAGGUUCAGGUUGAGUUUAAUAUUCUGUCUUGAUAACACAGUUAUUCACUUUUUAGUCCACAGAAGAUUAUGUUCAGCACUGUAUUUUGCACCCUAGGCGUAGUGUUUGAGAUUGACAGACAAAAGUGUUUCAGUACAGUCUCUGAUUGGUGUGUAACAUAAUCUCGAAACAAUCAGAGAGGAUGUCAUUGUUUGCCAAGUAUCUCAAAUGUUCUCUCGUAAAAUUUUGCAUUUUGAUCAGAUGUCAGAUUUGCAUAACUUUCUUCUAAAUUUUUGUUAAAAUGAUUCACUUGAAGCAACACUGUUCGAAUAUUCAUGUUAAAACUCUGUUUUUAGACUCGUCUGUCGUUGCUGAUUUGUUUGAGCGAGACUUGGUUUCUACUAGUUAGAAACUCCUCAUUGUGUGAAUUCUGACCUGACGUAAACGAGGCACCCAGUCGUGUGGCUGAUGUAAAUGUUGUUCUUGUUUUGAUGGAGAAUGAUUGCAAUUCUUCCCUGCAGUACCCACAAACCCCCACAACAUAACCUGUGUUCUUCAGACAGACUAUUGAAGUCUUGUGAUUUUAUUUGCACUUUCUGCAAGUCCUGUCCCUGCACUGCUCUCUUUUGUAUUCAGCAUGAUGAAGAAACGCCUUACAAACACUGUGACUCAAUAACACGUGCCACUUCAGAUGAUAUGGCCAACCGUCGCUGUGCAUAUGGGCCUUUUGUUUGUUUGUUUGUUUGCGUAACUACAUGGUGAAUCUUCGCUGGACAUCCAUUUAGUCAUUUGGCAGACGCUUUUUAUCCAAAGUGUACAUUGAUCAUCCAAAUCAUCCAAAAAUAGUACAUUGAUAAUGAAGAUUGAGAAUUUGCAUGAUGAAAAUCAGAAACUCAAAAAACAUGUUCUCAUUUAAAGGGAGAGUUGACCCAAAAAAUAAAAGUUCUUUCUUCAUUCAUCGUUAUAUCAAACCUGUUAUUUUCUCUCAUUUUCUUCAGAACAAUAAAGAAGAUACUUUGAAAAGCGUUGAUAAUCAAAUGACACCGAGCUCCGUUGACUUCCAUUGUAUGGCCAGAAAACCAUUGAGACAUUUCUCAAAAUAUCUUAUUUUGUGUUCAACUGAAGAAUGAGUGGGGAACACAUGAGGCAGAAUAAACAAAGACAGAAUGUAGAUAUUUUGGGUGAACUGUCACUUUAAGUGAAGUGUGUAAUCCAUGCACAAUUGUACAUGUUUAGCACGCUUGUGUUGCAAAUGUGAGUAUGUAUCAGGAGUCAAGACUGAAGAAACUCAAGUCAAGACAUGAUCACUUCAUUCAGUUUCAUGUGCUUGUGUUUUUGAUCUCCUGAGUUCUUUAUUGAUCUGAGAUGCCAAAACAUUCAUUACAUUCUUCUUACAUUUAGGAUUACAUUCAGGAUUAGAGUUGUAUGAUCACGAUCAGAGCAGUGAAGUUUUUUCUGUUCAUGACAUGAGUUUAUCUGCGAUUCCUUAUCAUUCUGUAGUGAUUCUAUACCAAUACAAUUAAAGAAACCUUAAACGGGGAGACAGUGAAACUCCAAAAAAAACCUCUAGAUCCUAUCAGUUUAAAAGUGUUGCAUGUUGAUUGUGAAGUAUAAUCUCAAAUCAUAUAAAAUCGCUGUGUGAUAAACAUUCUUAAAUGUAUUCACAGAAAAGUUUUCCUCAAAUCACAAAAUAUAAGUAUACCUUUGAAUAUACUUCAUGCUGUAUUUUCAAAUAUUGACAUUACACAUCUAUCAAGGGUUGGUUUGGUUGUCAGAGGUCGCUCAUAGACAGACAUUCCGAACUAAACCCCAGUUGAUUUAUGACACACGUGUGUUAGCUGACACUUCACUCAGAAUGUUUAUCAUGCACAGUAUUUGUGUCAGCAAAAGAUACUUGCAUUUCUCUUUCUUUCACUUUUCACAGGAGAAUAACUCAGUCAAGUAAAAUUGUGUUUUUAAGGCUUCAUUCAUUCACUGUAGAUUAUUUAUUUUCACACCCUCAUGUCACUCGAAACCUCGUGGAUCUUUUUAUUCUUAAUAAACAGACGUUAUGGAGUUGUUUUCCACAAGAUCUACACGAAACGUGUGUCUUACAAGUAAUCUCAAGUCACACAAUGAGAUAUCCGUAAUGAUGAUUCACACAAUGAGAUAUCCGUAAUGAUGAUUGAAACUUCAAGUUGCAUCUCACACAAAAGCUUUUCCUCACAGAAAAACGCAUGAACUUCACAUGGGAAUUUAAAUAGAAUUCACAAUUUUUUUUAGCACAUGUGACAUUCAUGUGGCUAUUAUGCAGGGCAAUGUGUGAUUCUAUUUACAAGAUGGAAAAUUACGUGGUUUGUUUGCUUACUUUUAUUUGUGGAGCUUGACAAAUAAAUUGUGUGAUGCAUAACUUGUACAAAAAAAAUUCAACUCAAAAAUUCAAAUGCAUGUUCCAUCGAAAAUGUUCAAUUGACUUGAAAUUUAUCAACAGGGAUUUCGUAAUUUGACAGAACUUUGAGAGAAAAUUUUGAUGCAAUGAGUCACUAGAAGGUUAUGAGUCGGAGAGGUCUGAAAUGUGUUCUAUAGAACAACUUUCAGCAUACGGGUUAAACGAGGGCGAGUAAAUGAGAACUUUCUUUUGUUCUGGGGCAUGAACAGAAGUUUCUGUCUUUAACUCCUAAGCACUUGUUAAAAUGGUCUAAACCACAGAUUGGUUGAUUUCCAUUCAAACCAAAUGUAACAUAGCCAUUGAAUGUAAAUUCACACAAGCCUUGACAUUAGAGACCACAGCGAGUUAAGAACCUGCCCACCUUCACACACACACUGAAGCACAAGCGGGCAAGAAGUGAACUCAUAUGCAUGCGUGCAUGCCCACGGACAGUGCUGCCACGCUGUCAAUAAAACCAAGUGCAUGAUGAAAAAUAUUGUAAAUUGUGCCAGCACGCGUCUCUUCAAUGUUAACCUGCCAGUUAUGGACAUGUGGGAAUUGAUUUUUAAGAAGAUUUUUCACUAUAUGUUUAUUUGACAAAAGAAGCGCUUGUGAAGAACAGAUCUGAUAUUCAUGUCUUAGGGUGUUUUUAUACCGGGUGUUUCUAAUUUUCAUUUCUAGUUAUUUUUAUUGUUAUUUUUGAUGAUGAUGGUGGAUUGUUGCAGCAUUUGCUUCCUAUUAAAACAAUGAUGAACUCA